AUGAUGAGUCUUCUUUUGUUUGUGAUGCACACAGGGAACAAAGACUUGUCGAGUCAUCGUCUGUUUUGCAGGUGGAUGACCGCCAGCGCGUUCACCUUCACACAGAUGAUGCUCGGGGGGCCGGCCGCGCGCGGCCGGGCGCCCGCGGCGCCCCCCGCCCGGGGCUCGAGGUCCGCCUCGCGCGGCGGGCGCCGCGCACGCCCGGGUGGAAGGCGGGGCCCCGCGGCGCGCCCCCCGGCCGGGCCCCCGCGGGCGCGCGGGGUGGGGGGGUUAAGCCCGGCGGGGCGCCCCCCGCGCGGCCGGCCCGGGGGCGGGGGCGUAGCCUGCCCGCCUGGGGGGGGGGCCCGGCCCCCCGGCCCGCCGGGUGCCCCCCCCGGGCGCGGCCCCGCACCCGGGGGGCCCGCCCGCGGGGCCCCCCGCCCGGCGUCCGGGGCCGGGGGGGGCCGGUCCCCGCCCCACGCCCGCCCCCGGCGGGGCGGGCCGGCCGCGGGUCGCGGCGCGCCCCCGCGCGCGCCGCCCGCGCCGGGCGCGCGUGGCCCCCCGGCGCCCCGGCAGGCGCGCCCCGCCGGGCCCCGGCGCCCCGACGACGGGCGGCGGGUGGCGGCCCCCGAGGCUCCGCCCGGGGGGGGGCGCCCCGGGCCCGCGCCCCCGGCCGCGGCGCCCCCCGCGCCCCCGCCGGCGCCCCCGCGGCGGGGGGCGCGCCGCCCGGGCGCCGCGCGCGGCGCAGCGGCGGGCGGCCCGCCGGGCGCGGGCCCCGGCCCCGGGGCCGCGGCCCGGGCCACGCGCGGGCCGCGCCCGCCGUCGGGGAAGGGCGCGCGCCGGCCACCCCCCGCCCGGGGGGGCCGGCGGGGUGCGCGAAGAAGGCGGGCGCGGCGCCUAGCGCCCUUCGGCCGCCCCCGCGCGGCCCGGGGCCGCCGCGCCCGCCGGGCGGGGGCCCCCGGCGCCCGGGCGACGGGCGGCCCCCGUCCGGCGGCGGAGCCCCGGCGCGGCCCGCGCCGGCGGAAGCUAUGCGGGAAGAAGGCCCCGGCUUCCGCAAGUAGCCCGACGAGCGCCCGCGAAGCGGCGCCGGCGCCGGGGCGGCGGCCGCCGGCGGCCAGCGGCAGCGGCGGCGGCCCGGCGCGCCCGGCCCCCGCCGCGCGGCGCCGGCCCGCGCGGGCCGGCCCGCGGAGCCCCGGGCGCGCGCGCUUUACCGGCGCGCGCCGGGCCGCCCCAGGGCGCCCCCCGCGCCCCCCCCGGCCCGGCGCCGCGGGAUGA